AUGAUGUUUAUUGAUCUUGAUAAGACAUAUAACAGAGUUCCUAGGGAGAUUCUGUGGAGGUGCUUGGAGGCUAGAGGGGCGCCCGUGGCGUACACUAGGGCGAUUCAAGAUAUGUAUGAUGGGGUGAAGACUCAAGUGAGGACGGUGGCGUAUCCUAAGUUGGUUACGAGCAAGGCGUAUAAGGUAGGUAAGAGAGAGGCUAAGUUAGCGGUUACAGUGGCUAAGACUGCAGCUUUUGAGCGUCUGUAUGCGACUUUAGAGGAGAAAAGCGGAGAUAAGAAGUUAUAUAGGCUGGCUAAGGCCAGGGAGCGAAGGGCUAGUGACCUUGACCAGGUGAAGAGCAUUAAAGGAGAGGAUGGUACAAUGUUGGUGGAGGAUUCUCUCAUUAGGGAGAGGUGGCAGUCCUACUUCCAUAAAAUUUUGAACGGUGAGGGGGACAAAGGUUUUGUGUUUGGGGACUUGGAGAAUUCUGAGGAGUGUCUAGAUUAUGGGUAUUGUAGGCGUACAAAGUUGAGAAGGUCAAAGGAGUUAUUCGCAGGAUGA